CAUUCUACUCACCCAGUUUACAGCGUGGCACCCACUCUUCCCGGUUACUCGUCGAUUGUGUGAGAGUUCAGAGGUCACUCAGAGGUCGUGUUGAUACUUUUCCGCCUCACACAGAUUUAGCGAGUGAUGUGAUGGCCUUCCUGCGGUUGUUCAUGCGGCGACAGUUGCCGAUGGCCGCGUCCCAGUUGUCCCGCGUCGAGAAGCUCCUACUCCGGCCUCCGAGUGGAGGGCUACACGGCACCUCGCGGUGGCGGAUCGGAGAGAAGGGGCCGUGGGGGAAGAGUCAGAACCGGGGACCGGAGCAGCCACAGCAGUAUCAAUACCAGCACCAGCAGAUGACAGAUCUGGACAGAGCGGACGCUUUGAUACUGAGAAAAUCUCACGAAACAGGUUUCCUGUCUUGGUUCAGAAAUGGUCUGCUAGCAACUGGAAUCGGCGUCCUCGCCUUCGUCCAGAGCGAAAUGGGAAGAGAAGCGGCAUACGUCUUUUUCACCCUGGGUGGAGCCUGCGUGUCGUUAGGAGCCGCCACCUACAUCGGCAGCCUGGUCACCCUGCGCAGGCUGAUGCUGCUGUCCGUGCCCGCUGUGCUCUUCCACGGCGCCAUGGUGGGAAGCGUCGCCCUCUUCUGGCUCUGUGCUGUAUCGCUCUACAUAGGCAGCCUGGAGGUGAAGAUAGUCUUUGAAGACGAGGAGGAAGACGAGUGUCAGGAGUGUCGGGAGAGGCGCGGUCACAGGGGGCACCGUGGCACUGAGGACGAGGAUGGCAAGGGGGGCAACAAGUAGUGCUCUUCUUCUUGGUGUGUGUGUGUGUGUGUGUGUGAGUGUGUGUGCGUGUGUCUACACGAGAAAUAAAGAUGUGGGCCAAAGCCAACGAUCACAAGGCCACUUUCACACCACCCAUCACCAUCAUGGACACUCGCCAGCCAUAAGAUUAGGUACACCUGCACACACUGUAAUCAAUAUGAAGCAGUGCCAUUGUACACCAUUGAAAAGUACAAUAAUACACAAUAUUUUGAAGCAAAGUACCUCCCUGAUACUCAAGUUUGUGCAGUCGUACCUUAUGAGGCGUCUCGUGCGUGGAAUUGUGUUUACCCGAAAUAUACAUCGCUGUGAGUUUGUGUGAGAAUGCGUUUCCUGUUUGAAUUUUUGUUUUAUUUUAAAUAGAAUUCAACAAGGGCUUACAGCUUUUACAGCAGUGUAAGCUUUUUAAUUUGAAAAUAUUUUUUAUUGUACAGUAGUUAAAUUGUUUUUACUUUACACAUGUACACAAUCUAUACAUGUAGAUUGGAGUUUGUUUGUACAUGCAUUUGUUUACUUACUGCUUUGUGUUUGUGUCACCGAGUGAAACAACAUAUAAAAGGA